AUCUCCGCCUUGCCCUGGCCAGGUGUUCCUCAGACAUGAUUGUCAUGUGACUUGUCAGCCAUGGCGAGCAGGAAAUGUCAAACCACCACAGCCAGCAUGCUGGAUCACCGGGCGAGAGCUUCUCCUCCUUUGCCUCAGGAUAGGGAGGCCGAAAAUGAGGGUGAUAACUUGCCUGUGGAGGACUAUGUGGAGAAGGAGACAGAGGUGGUGGCCGCCAGGGAAGGCACCCCUACGCUGGCCGAGCACGAAUGUCUCGACCACAGCGGGGAUGGCGACUCCAGUUCUGAUUAUGUCAACAACACUUCCGAAGAGGAGGAUUACGAUGAGGGGCUCCCGGAGGAAGAAGAAGGGAUUACUUACUACAUCCGAUACUGUCCAGAGGAUGACGGUUACCUGGAAGGGAUGGACUGCAGUGGGGAAGAGUAUGUCCCCCAUGAAGAGCAUCCAGUGGAGACGGAUGAGUGCCAGGAAGCCGUAGAGGAAGCUGAGUGGUCUGACAUGAAAAUGCAGCACCGGGAUGAAUGCGAAGCCACAGAAGCUACGGGCCACCACGAGGGCUGCGUCCAGGUUUUGGAAGGGGAGGUGGCCUGCCUGGAGAUCCAAGACCAAGAAGAGAACCUCCAGUAUUGCCAUCCAAGCGAAGAGCGCUACCAGGGUUACUACUCGCCUGAAGCAAACGGGAAUCCCCACGGGAUGUCUCCUUACCACUCUGGGAAAGAAGAGGCCGAGCUAGAAGAGCAGGAGGAAGACAUCGACCAGAUCGUUGCAGAGAUUAAGAUGAGCAUGAGCAUGAGCAGCAUCAACAGCGCCUCGGAGAUGAGCCCAGAGCAUGUGCCAAAUGACUAUGCAGAGAUUUGUCCAAAGGGAGACUCUGGCCACAGCUCCAACAGGCACCUGGGGAGGCCAAAAUCACUGAACAUCCCCACUGCAUCGAAGCAAGUGGGAGAUGUACCCAGAGGUUUCAAAACCAAGUCAAGAACCCCCGAGGAAAGACAGACGUGGCCACAAGAACAGGUAUGCAAUGGGUUAGAUCAGCCUCGGAAACAGCAGCGUUCUGACCUCAAUGGACCGAUCAACAACAACAAUAUGCCAGAGACAAAGAAGGUGUCCUCCUUCCCAAGCUUUGUUGAUGUUCCAGGACCUUGCGAACCCGAAGACCUCAUUGAUGGCAUCAUCUUUGCAGCCAAUUACUUGGGCUCCACGCAGCUGCUCUCGGAACGCAACCCCUCCAAAAACAUCCGAAUGAUGCAAGCCCAGGAGGCAGUGAGCCGCGUCAAGAGGAUGCAAAAGGCAGCUAAAAUCAAGAAAAAAGCGAGCUCUGAGGGAGAUUCCCAGGCUUUGACAGAAGUGGAUCUAUUCAUCUCCACACAGAGGAUUAAAGUUCUGAACGCAGAUACACAGGAAACCAUGAUGGACCAUGCAUUGCGCACGAUCUCCUACAUUGCUGAUAUAGGUAACAUCGUCGUUUUGAUGGCCAGGCGCCGGAUGCCCCGAUCAGCUUCACAGGACUGCAUCGAGACGACCCCCGGCACACAGGAAGGAAAGAAGCAGUACAAGAUGAUCUGCCACGUCUUCGAAUCAGAGGAUGCUCAGCUGAUUGCCCAGUCCAUUGGCCAGGCCUUCAGUGUAGCAUACCAGGAGUUCCUCAGAGCUAAUGGCAUAAACCCCGAGGAUUUGAGUCAGAAGGAAUACAGUGACAUCAUCAACACCCAGGAGAUGUACAACGACGAUCUGAUCCAUUUCUCCAACUCUGAAAACUGCAAAGAGUUGCAGAUAGCCAAACACAAGGGUGAGAUUCUCGGUGUGGUCAUCGUGGAGUCUGGCUGGGGGUCCAUUUUACCCACAGUGAUCCUGGCCAACAUGAUGAAUGGGGCCCCUGCUGCUCGUUCAGGGAAACUCAGCAUUGGGGACCAGAUUAUGUCCAUCAACGGGACCAGUCUUGUUGGGCUUCCCCUGGCAACAUGUCAAGGAAUCAUAAAGGGUCUUAAGAACCAGAUGCAAGUGAAGUUGAACAUUGUCAGCUGCCCUCCAGUCACCACUGUCCUUAUAAAGCGACCGGACUUGAAAUACCAGUUGGGCUUCAGUGUACAGAAUGGAAUUAUCUGCAGUCUCAUGCGAGGUGGGAUAGCUGAGAGAGGUGGUGUCAGGGUUGGCCAUCGCAUCAUUGAGAUCAACGGUCAAAGUGUCGUUGCCACGGCUCAUGAGAAGAUUGUACAAGCUUUGUCGAACUCUGUGGGAGAGAUUCAUAUGAAGACAAUGCCUGCAGCAAUGUUCAGGCUGCUAACGGGACAGGAGACACCACUGUACAUCUAACUCUCAUCAAAAGAACUGAAUGAUGCCAGCCAUUCUAGAACCUUCAAGGGGAAUUUUUGUAUUUUGUAGGAACUGAAAGGGUUUGAACCAAUUCGUGGAUAUAUUCUGGAAACUCGACAGAUCCAGCUUCUUUGCCUUUUUCUUCUUCAUUUCUUUGUCUUUUAAACAACAUUUUGUUGCCAAAAGAUGAAUCUGUUGCUUAUGGACCAAUAACCAACUGACACCACCUUUCCAAUACAUGGAAGCAUUUUGCAACAUCAUCUACAAAGCCCUUUCCCUGUGGAAGCUGGCAGCAUAGGAUGGCAUCCACCACGAACGCCCCCUGUGCAAACCCCACUGGUGUGAUGCCUGGGAUCCAGUUGCAGGCAAUCCCUCUUGCUGGUGGAUUCUGCUUGUGGCAUUUAUUUGAACACUGGCUGUGGCAUGCCCGUCCCAGGUAUGCACAACUGCUGCUUUUAAGCAAUGUGGCAAAACUGCCUGUGUAAUUUGAGGAGAUGAGUGAGGGCAGGCCAGUUUCAAAAUGACCAAGAAUGUAUGCACUUCUGGUUGGGAGCUGGGGUUGGGGGUGGAGUGUCUGAUGCUAAUCCAAUGAAAAGCUACUGUCGUCCUUGGUAUUCUUAUUGACAAGUGUAACGUGUUAACAAGUUUUGAUGAAACGUGACUUUAAGUGUGGAACAAGGGGUGGGGGCUGGUGGGGCG